AUGCCGCUUGAAAAUGAACAUAUCCCGACAACUCCUGAAAUUGUGAACUGGAUGAGUCAGAUCGAGCAAUCACUGAAUGAGAUCUGCAAUAUUUCUACGGAAGGAAAACUGAACUCCGACCAAAAGCUGAGAGUUAGUAACCUUUGCCGUAAAGUCACAAAUGGAGUCUCUAGUAUGGCCGUCCUUUACCAGGCGCUAAAAAAAGUAGCAUACGUGAAUCAAGCUGUCACUCAAGCCCUUAAAGAAAAACAGGACCUCUCAAACCAACUCCAAGCCCUUCAAGAAAAAAUCCAGAGCACUGCCAACUCUACAAAUACGCCCUCUUUCGCCGACAUGGUUAAAAACAGCAGUAAAAACCUGAUCCAGCCCAAAAAUCUUAGCUCAGUGGCGAUUUAUCCUACGGAUAAAAUGAAAUCUAGUGAGGAGACGAAAAAUUUGGUCCAGAAAAUCAUAAACCCGGAGAAAAUGAAGUUACACGUGCGGGCUGUACGCAAGGUAAAAAAUGGUGGGGUCAUCAUCAGCACGGACUCCAAAGAUGACAUCACUAAGCUGAAAGAACAGGUUCAAAACACCUCUGCGGACCUUACCAUCAACGAGCCCCAAAAACGUAAGCCCCGAAUCGUCGUUGUCGGAGUACCAUCGGCUCUUCAAGAUCAAGAAGUUCUUAACUGCAUCUAUGAACAAAAUUUAGCCGAUAACCUGCAGGACGUGUCCCUGGAAAAAUUCCUGACCUCUAUCAAGCUGAGCCACAAAUCGGGUAAGAAAAAUGCUGAGACCUGCAAUUACGUCAUCGAAGUACCAGCCCACAUUCGCAAAUUCCUCAUUUCGCAAAACCGUGUUUUUGUUAACUGGUCAUCAUGCCCUGUAAGGGACUUCACCAUCGUUACGAAGUGCUGGUCCUGCCACCAGUACGGCCACGCCGCCAAGUCCUGCAAGCAACCAGUGAAAUCCUUUGCUCUGUUUCAGACUGACGAAACGGAGGUAAAUAGGAUUAUUGCAGGACUGAAAGAUGCAUGCUACUCAAUAACCCCCCUCCGCGGCGCCACCCCCUCGGAAGGGCGGCGCUCUCCCCGCGCGCCGCCGCCGCCCGCGCGCACCCUACCACCCACCACCAUUAACUGUCUCACUAGCGAAGUGGUAGAAAUCACGCAUCUAACGUCGGAGACAUCAAAUAUCAAGAUAUCCACCUAUGAAGUCCACCAAAUGGAGAGUGAACAGAAACGAUGUUGA